GUACUUAACAUAACAUCUGUUCUGUUAGCUUAAAGUUGCUGUUGUCUUGUUGACGCGUCAGAGUAAAAAUAUAAUUGUUUUUUUAAAUAAAGACAGACAUGGCCAUGGACAAGGACACGUUUACGCUGCAGUCCAUUCGACAGGAUCUCAUUGAUAACAACCUUCAGGCCAAGGCCAUUAUACAGGACAUUCUGAACAGCCGCACUUCGAUCGCCGAACUAGAGGAGCUGAAUGAAACUGGACGCGCCAAGCUGUCGUCCAUCCGGAAGAGUAUCGAGCGAUUAGACGACUGGGCACGGGAUACGGCAGAUGCCGCACUUGCCAAGGAAGUGGAUACUCAUCGGGACCAGUUCUCCAAGACACUACAGGCUUUCCGCAAGGCAAACGUCUCCACAAUUCUUGAGAUUGAGAAGGCAAAUCGCGAGGAACUGAUGACCAUAACAGGCGAAAGCGAACUACGCCAGCGGACGACAGCCCGUGCCCGCCACAACCAAGGCAGCAUGGUCUCGCAGGAGAACGACGUUACUGAGAAAAUGUUAGCUAUUUCCCGUCACCUGUCGGAGACUACCCAAAAGAGCGCUGUCACGCUCGAGACUUUGGUGGCCUCGUCGCAAAACGUAGAGGCCACCAGUGACGAGUUGCACAACACGGCCGGCACCAUCACCAUGUCCGGCAAAUUGUUGAAGAAAUACGGACGGCGCGAGUGCACUGACAAGAUGCUUUUAUUUUUCGCGUUUUGCCUAUUUCUAGCCUGUGUUUUCUAUAUCGUCCAAAAGCGGCUCUUUUAGAGAACGCAGCCCAUUUUGUUACCUAGCUUAAGGACUAGGCCCUAGCUAUGAGCAUACCUGUUAAGCACCGUCUAUUUAUAUUUAUUUCGCAGAAACUUCCAAUUUGUAAAAAAUAUACAGCACACAGGCUAGUAAGGACACCGGGGCACAGCCCCUGGAUUCGUGAAUCCGUUUGUAUUAACCACACGGCA